UUGACAGGAAGGUGCAUUCCAGGUAAGAUAAAUAGUUUAUUUGAUUUAAAAGAAAUUUAAAAAACAUUUAUACAAUCAAAUUAAAAUUUUAUUCUAACAUUUUAAUUUGAUUGAAUGAAAAUUUUUCUCUCUACUCUCAUCCCCCAUCUGCGACCACCACCAUCACCCCUGUUCCUUCACCUCCGACCUUCACCUCCAACCUUCACCAUCCUCUUGCUAGCUAAUUGUCGCUCUCAUCUCACCAAUCACCAAGAAAACAAUGUAGAUCUAGCUGCAAACCCUCUUGGGACUCCAACCCUGACAUCUUCUUGCAUCUCAUCAUCAUCACUGCCUCCACCUUCAUCAUCAGUAAGCAGAGGGGUUCGGCAGCCACCAGAAAGGGAGGAUCUUUCUUCUCCAAAAAAAUCUCAAGUGGUUGUCAACACCGCCGGUACGCCGAAAUACCGGCCAGAAUACCGAAAUUUGAUUGAAACGAAAUUAAGCUUUAUACUGUUUAGAUGCAAUGAAAAAUUCGAUACACCAGCCAUAUCGACCGAUACAAAACAGAAUUAACUUCCUUGCUUAAACCCCGAUCAAGCUAGAAGGAUUUGUUACUUUUGGGGUUUCACCAUUACCUUCACUAUUAAAAGGACAUGACUUUAUGCAACUUUAAUCACAACUUGAUAUGAUAAAGUGAUGGUUAAUUAGGCAUCACUCCUGCUUAAAGUCUUUCAAGUUUUAACAAGAACACUUGUCAAAAAAACAAAAAAACAAAAAAAAAAAAAAUUAACGAGUAGAGAUCGAGUCAUCGACAAUAAUUAGUAUAUUAAGGCAGAAUGGCAAAUCAAGCCAGGAUUUUAGCAUGUUUGAUAAAUGAUUACUUCGAACACUUGAUAACUCGAGUAGAUGAUUAAUGGUAGUUUUGGUGAGGUUUAAGUACCAUUUUGGUUCCUCAACUUUUCACUUUGGUACCAAAAUUAUCCCUCAGCUUUAAAAAGUACCGAAAUUAUCCUUAAACUUUCAUUUUUGGUACAAAAUGAUCCUUCUGUCAGUUAAGUGACAAGUGGCACGUUAAUUUACUAGUAAAUCAAUGACAUGGAAAAAAAAAAACAUAGUUGGCCUUCUUUUGUAUGAGUUGGCAUUUAUAUUUAAUUUAAAGAUAAUGAUAUCUUUUUUUUCUCGUUCACGUCAUCUCUUCUUCCUCCUUCACUUUCUCUCUCCUCUACCUUUCCUUAUCCCUUACCUCUGCAAACCCAGAUCUGGGUUUUCUCUCAAACUUUAUCUUCUUCCUCCUUUCCUUUCCCUGCUCAUCCUACUUCUUUCUUCUUCUUAUUCUUUCUCUCUCUCUUCUCCCUUCUUCUCAAACCCAGAUCUAGGUUCUCAAACCAACCCAGAUCUGGGUUCUCAAACCAGCGUCGAAUCCAAUUUGUUUCGAGCUUCAAAUACUAUUUGUUUCGUUGAAUUUUUUGAGCAUAGAUCGAAAUUCAUUUUGGAAAGAAAGGUUAUAGAAAUGG